GCGAUUGCACAUCUGGGGGACGUACUAGAAUUGCUUUCUAAUUUUCUUUUCAGAAAAGCACGUAUCAAUAAAAAAGGGGAUCAUGUCGCGCCUCAAGUACGGCGACAACAGCAUCGUCUUAUUAAAGCCGUUUUAUUGUGAGGCUGAAUUGACAUGUUCUAGCUCACCGGCAGCACCUCAAUAGUUAAAGCGGCACACCAAAUACGUUGUUUUCUCAUCUGUGGUGCUCCCACUUCACAGACCGCUACAGUAGGAAGAUGGCGACUGAGGGAGCAAGCGGCGAGCAGCCUCCUCCGAUUCAAACAUUAGCAACUGCACUGCAAGGAAGCGUCGAAGCGAAAUGUGAGUUUAACAUGGAUAAUCUCAGCAAACCCGAGCUCCUGACGCUUCUGAGUAUAAUGGAGGGGGAGCUGGAAGCCAGGGACUUGGUGAUCGAGGCCUUGCGGGCCCGUAGGAAGGAGGUGUUUAUCCAGGAGCGCUAUGGGCGGUUCAGCCUCACCGACCCUUUCCAGGCUCUGCAGCGUGACUAUGAGUCUGGGGGAGGAGAGAAGGAGAAGAGGGCCAUGUCUACCAACCCCCUCUCCAUCCUGGAGGCUGUCAUGACCCACUGCCGGAAGAUGCAGGAGAAAAUGGCCACGCAGCUGGCAGCUGCUGAAACCAGACAGAAGAAGCUGGAGUUGGAGAAAUCUCAACUACAGAGCCUUGAGCAGGAGCAUAAGAAGUUGUCUGCCCAGCUGAAGGAUGAGCGGGAGAAGAACAAGCACAUUGUCAUGAUGCUGGUGAAAGAAUGCAAGCAACUGGCAGCCAAGGUUGUUGAGGAGAGCCAAAAAUUUGAAGAACUGACCGCCAAACUGGAACAGGAAACCAAGACAACAGGGAGGCUUGAGGAGGAGUUAGCUGCCGAAAGACAGAAAGGUCAGCAGAUGGAGGCAAAAAUGGAGAAGCAGCUCUCAGAGUUUGACACAGAGCGCGAGCAACUGAGGGCCAAGUUGAGUCGUGAGGAAGUACGGGCUGCAGACUUGAAACUUGAAAGUGACAACCUGAAGAAACAAGUAGAUCAGCUCAGAACUGAAAAAGAAAGCCAACAGACUGCCCCGUCAAGCAUAGGAAUUAAAAUAAGGUCUUCUGUGUCUGUUUCUGUUGGAACAGACCUGGUUAAUAUGCGGACAACCUCCUGCCAAACAGACCUGCCACUUUCUGCAGAACACAGUGUUGAUGGACUGAAGAAGUCUCCGUUAACGAUACCUGUGAAACCUUCUGUGGCAAACUACUCUAGUGUUGGAAUCCCCAAAGCUGUCAAUACCAGAUCGGCUAGUGAGCGGGGAAUUUCCCUUAGCAAUUCAGUUCUUCCUGUCGUGACACAGACUGAAAAUGGGCCCUCAGGGGGGGACCCACAACCCCCACCCGGAGUAGCCUCACCCAGUUUUGUCCCGGCACCUCCUGUGCACAGUUUACAUUCACCUGGAACUGCUUCCACUUUGCCAACAAGUGUUAGUCCCAGAGUGCAAGCUGCCCGGUACAAGUUCCAGUCUUCUCCUACUGAGCAUGACCAAAAUGGAAUGACCACUCAGAGCCCCCCAUCCAGAGAUGUGUCGCCCACAAACCGAGAUAACUUUGCUGCGAAGCAACAAGCCCGACACACGGUCACGCAGGUCCUUUCAAGGUUUACAAGUCCACAAGCUGCCAACACUUUAAGACCGGGCUUACCUCAUUCCACAUCUGAAGGAGGACCUUUCUCUAGUCGCAUAGGCCACCCACAAAUCGGUCUAAAGUCGCCAACUGUCACGAGGAUUGACCGAGGGAAUCCACCGCCUAUACCUCCUAAGAAGCCUGGCCUCUCACAAACCCCUUCCCCUCCGCACCCUCCAAUAAAAAUAGUGGGUGAUGGGAGCAGGUCCCCUGGCACGGGGCUAGGUGUUCCCUCCAAACCUGUGCCCCCUCCUUCCAGUUCACCUCAAGGCAUCCGGCUAAUAAAUGAAGACGUUCUCUCCAAACCCACUACGCCUCAGCUGCCACCCAAACCAGCCCUUGAUAUUUCGGGGACGGGUGGCGCUUGCCCUGUCCCAGCCUUGGCCACAUCUCAGGUGGGUGCCUGCCCCUCCAUCUCAAGGGGCCUGCACCAGUUAGCAUGUACCGAGUGUCCCCCUGUCAUCCCCACCUCCGCCACCACCAUUGCCUGUAGUUCCUCCAUAAAUCCUGUUAGUGCUUCAUCCCGUAGACCCUGUGACACAGACAGCCCACUGGCAACAGCCUCAGGUAAAGGCUGGUGUCCCUCCCUAGUCCCCUCGCUAACCUGUGGUGGUCCUGUCCCCCUGGCUGGCAGGCCCACCCUCCUCCUCCAAGCUGCUACCCAGGGAAAUGUCACUUUAUUGUCAAUGCUGCUUAACCAAGAUCCAAUGGAUAUUAGUCACCUUGAUGAAGAUGGAAAUUCUGCCUUGUAUUCUGCUGCUAAAAAUGGUCACACAGACUGUGUUAAACUGCUGCUGACUGCAGGAGCUCACACUGAUGUACCCGAUAAACACGGAUUUACACCUUUACAUAAAGCUGCUGCUCAUGGUCAUUUCAGGUGUGUUGAGCUGUUAACUGGCUGUGGUGCUGAUGUGAACUGGGCUGCACAGGGAGGACAGACCCCUCUGUAUUUAGCCAGUGGCAGCAGGAGCCCUGAAUGUGUGAGACUCCUGCUGGCUGCAGGAGCUGACCGCACAGUGAUAACAAGAGACAGCUGGACGGCACUUCAUGCAGCUGUUGAUGCUGGUGAUGUCAGCAGCCUCAUGCUCCUCAUGUAUUAUGACUCUUCCAAAAACGGAGGCUCUGCCAGUGAACUGGAGAGGAGUGUUGAUCCCCCCCACUCCAGUUACACGAAGAUCAUCCGUUCCUGGGGAAAGAGGCCUGGGCUGCCUGGCGACCUCAUCAACCACGCUGACAGAGACGGCUGGACAGCUGCCCACAUCGCAGCCUCCAAGGGAUUUAAGAAUUGCCUAGAGGUUUUGUGUAGCCACAAAGAUCAAGAUAUUGAGAAGAAAGACAGGUGCAACCGAACCAUCCACGAUGUGGCUACAGAUGACUGCAAGGAUCUUUUAGACAACCUGUAUUCAUAUAAGGUUCUCGUAAAGAUCCACAGGAGCACAGAUGAACAGAUCUGUUCAGUGGAUAUUACUGAAGAUGAAAUCACUAUAGGGGUUGUAACAGUUCGGAAACAUACCAGCUGGGAAGACAUGUCCAAAAGCAUAUCCCAGGUUGUUGUGAACCACUUUCACUUUCUUUCAAGUGGAUGGGAAGAUAGGAGCUCGGUCCUAAAUAUCAAUAUGGAUGCCCCCAUUGGCCUGAGUGCAAAAAGCAUCUUUUCAGUCCAGAUAGGAGAUGUUACUUGGUAUCCAGGUCAGGAUCAAGCUCAGUCUCCUUGGGAGUUAGUAAGGAAGUGUCACACUCAGUGUGUCACAGUGAGACUGAAAGGCUUGUUGGAAUCAUCUCUCGAUGACUUGACAUAUGCAUCUCUGAUCCCACUCAAGUUUCUUCAAAACUACAUUCGGCUGGUGGAGCAAUACCGCAAUGUCAUCUUUCACGGGCCAGAAGGAAGCUGCCAGGAGUACAUAGCCAACCAGAUUUCACAGUAUAUAAAGCACAAGCAAAAACCAGUGGGUAUCAGCUGCGACAUUGUCACACUGGAAGUCGAUGCCAACUUAUCAAAGGAACAGUUGGUGGAGUUUUUCAUCAACUGUGGUUUUCUCAUCCCAGUGAAGGAGCAGGCUGGCAGCAGUUGCAUAGUGGUUGUGCUGGAGGGCCUGGAGAAAGCAGGUUCUCUGUCUGAGCUCCUGGGUGACCUGUGUGAAGGCCUGGAAAACAGGGGCUCAGGCAGCCCACUCCUCGUGAACCCUGUUCAGGAAAGCUCUGGCCUGUAUUACUUCCAGGAGGAGAGCUUCUUGAUCGGGACUCUGUCAAAGUCACGCCUCCAUGGCGCAGAGCUGCUGAUGCAGCAGCACUUCCGCUGGGUGCAGCUGCGCUGGGACUCGGAACCGCUCCACGGCCUCCUACACCGCCACCUCAAGAGGAAGCUCAUACAUAAGAUGAAGGGUCAGAUUCCUCCAACAUCAGACCUGCUGUGUAAGACAGUGGCGUGGAUCUGCUCCGUGUGGCAGCAUCUUAACUCCUGCUUGUCACGCCUGGGAACCCCAGAAGCCCUGAUUGGACCCCACAUGUUCUUCUCCUGCCCCGUCAUUCCAGGACAGCCCCUUGCAGUUGUAAAGUGGCUGUCCAGACUGUGGAAUGCCGUGGUGGUUCCCAGGGUACAGGAAGUCAUUGUCUCCAGGGCGACAGUCAGGAGGGCUCCAGCACAGCGCCAAGUUCCCAGCAGCAAGAGCCUCAGCUCAGGGCAGCAGGCCGUGGCCAAAGCUGCUCUCAGCAUCCUGGUCAACAAAGCUGUUCUCCCGGCCUGCCCACUGCCGAGGCCAGAGAUCGAAAACCAUCUCUCGGAGUUCCAGGGGGGCUGCUUCCCGCUGCCGGCGUUCACGGCUGGUACAGGCAGCACCAAGAGGAGCAGAGAGAUCGGCUCCUGGAGGAAGGCGAACACCAGCCCACGCAAGAAGGGCAGCCUCUCAAAGGCCUGGGGCACAGCCAGUACUCUGAGGGAAGGUUCACAGUCAAAGACUGACUUAGACAUUCAUUUCGGCAGGAUGAACUCAAACUCACAGAUGUCAGACAAAGAGCAGCAAAGAACUGUGGGACUGGACCAGAGAUUCUCUCUGUCAUCUGAUGAUGAACAUGACCUGAUGCAGGAGCUGCAGAGUUUGUGCUCCAGUAAGUCUGAGCCGGACAUAAGCAAGAUUGCUCAUUCCAAGGAGGAUUUCAUUAUGUUUUCUGGCUCUUCGAGUGAACAGUCGCCCUUGAAAGCCGAUAACGAACAAAGCACUCUGUCACUACCACAGUCGGUUAGCAGCAGUGCCCUAAGCUGCAGCGCACCUGGAACAUGCAGCAGUGACAAAAGGAAUAAUGUACCUGGACAGAUGAAAGUCAAGUCCCUUCUCCCCAUUCCCAUGAGUAAAAACACACAGCGCAGUAAUAGCACACUGAAAUUGAGCAGCAGCAGUACAAGGCAGGAACCACUGAACAAUAACUCACCAGAGGAGAUUUGGAUUCUGCACAGAGACUUGCAUGAAAAUAACAAGUAGACUUUCUUAACAUUUUUAUUGACCGUUUUUAAUUUGUCUCCAUGUUGUAUAGUAGAAUUAUUACGGCCUUUGUAUUUGUACAUGUUAAGGUACUUGUUACACUGUAUUAACAUUGUGUAUUGGGGACCAUAGUUUAUUGUAAAAAACAGUAUUGAAUAUAAAAAAGUGCUUAACCAGCUUUUGCCUUUCAGGUGAAAAACAUUUUGGAUCAAAGCGACAGAACUGCAAUUUUUGCUAUUGAAAUAUUUUCAGAUAUAAAGUGUUCUAUGUUUAAAUAGUUGCAAGAUUGUUUUAAAUACUGUUAUUAUUAAUCAGGGUUUUACCAAAUAUGUGUAAAUAAGAUAUUUAGAAACCUAUAUGGUAUAGAGCUUGGUGUCAGUGAAAUUAUACUUGUACAGUAAAGACAGUAUACUUGUACUGUACAUAUGUUUGUAAUAUGGAGAAUUGGGUUCAUCAAUUUUCACUUGUUUCAAAGUGAAUGGAAUGUGGCAAUAAGUAACGUAAAUUGCAAACACAGGACAUUUUCUUUCAACUGUAAGCCAUAAUAAACAUUUUAAUUACCCACAUCUA